CUGCCAGAAUAUAAACAUUGACAGGUGAUUGAAAAUAUGGAGAGUGAUACAAACGAAACCUCUAACUCUGAAAAUGUCCCUGAUAACUGCCACUGUGGCAAAGCGAGAGAGAUUGGCAAAAUAGAGCUACAAUGUGGUAUAUGCUUGAGGUGGUUCCAUUUGGAGUGCUUGGAGAAUAUUUCAGGGAAACUGGUGCCAUUUAUGACAACUUAUGUACUCUGUUGUAAAGUUUGCAGUCCCAAUGGCCUUGAGACUUUUACCAAGAAACAAGCAAGUUUCAGUCAGAUGUGCCACACAGCUGUAGCUAACUUGGCUCAUGAGAGACCCACAGAGAAACAAUUCUCUAAAGAUAAAGAUGUUAUCCCUUACAUAGACAAAUAUUGGGAGCAUUUGACAACCAUGCCUCGCAGAACAAAGCUUACCUGGCACUCAACUAUUGCCAAGAUUAUGUCAAAAGAUGUAGAUAUAUUCAAAUGUGAAGAGAGGGAAAAUGGAGAAAUGUAUUUUUCUCUGAUAUGUGAGGAUUUAUCAAAGAUAGCCCCCAACUAUGAAGUUCUCCGUACAGGUACAGCUAGUAUCAAAGCACAGGAGGGUAAGCAAGCAGCAUCUCUUAGUGACAGCAAGGGGAGGGGUACCAAGAGAAAGCAGGUUGGGGAUACAACAUCAGCACCCUCUACCCGGUCAAAGAAAGGGGAUGCAGCCAUCCAUGUUGCUCCAACAAGCUACCCAACUGAACAUCCCUACAACAAAGAUGGCUACCGCUAUAUCCUAGCUGAGCCUGACCACCAUGCCCCUAACAGACAAGCUUUUGAUGAGAGUGUGGAAGCUGCUGGUAAACCUAUCCCUGGGUACUUGUAUAGGAUCUACCUUGAGCAGUCAGUAAUGUUGGCAGUACAUGAUAGAGCUCCCCAACUGAAGAUCUCAGAUGACAGGCUAUCAGUAGUUGGAGAGAAAGGUUACAGCAUGGUGCGGGCAACACAUGGUGUGACUCAUGGUAGUUAUUACUUUGAGGUGACUAUUAAAGACAUGGCCCCAGAGACUGCAGUAAGGUUAGGCUGGGCACAAGCCUUAGGAAACUUACAAGCACCAUGUGGGUAUGACAAAUUCUCCUAUUCUUGGCGCUCUAAGAAAGGCACACGGUUUCAUGAGAGCAGGGGUAAACAUUACUGUGAGGGUGGAUUUGGCCAGGGAGAUACACUUGGCUUCUUUAUCCAUCUUCCCAUACACAAACCUCUUCCAGAGAUGCUGCCCAACACUUAUAAAGAUAUGCCAUUGGUGAAAUUCAAGAGCCAUCUUUACUAUGAGGAGAAGGAUUAUGUGUCUGAGACAGAGAAGAAUCUCAAACCUCUCCCUGGCAGCAAGAUUAUAUUUUACAAAAAUGGCAAGAAUCAAGGUGCAGCCUGGACUGAUAUCCACAUGGGAACAUACUACCCUGCCAUCUCACUAUACAAAAAUGCAAAUGUUGUAUGUAACUUUGGACCAACAUUCAAGUAUCCUCCUGAUGACAUAGACUAUAGGCCUAUGCAAGAGUUGGUUACUGAGGCUGUUGUUGAACAAAUGAUGGCAGAUAUGAUGUACCACUUGGACCAUGAGGGGAAGCAACCAGACUUUCUAUGAACUCACCUACAUCUAAUACAGUUGAACCCAUACAACAAGGGCUUACAUAUUGUAAUACAAGGACUGAUGCCAGACAUCAUGUACCACCAUGGAAACAGCCAGAGUUCCAAUCAAAUAUAGUCGAACCCAUAGACGAGUAGUGUAGUAGUUCACCUAUUUUAGCACAAGGCUCUGAAUUGAUGACUAGUAUUUCAUAAAAUUUCAAAUUACAAAGCUUUUAUAAAGAACUAGCUCUGAGGCUUGUCCCUGUUUAUCCUGGCACAAAACAAAGAUUUCAUCAAAGAGAUCAUUGCAUCUACACUUGCCAAAGCAUAACUAAUAAAAUACUUCAUUAGGUGUCCAACAAUAAAUUGGAUGAAUUCUGUGUAUUCGAAGUAGUGAGACACUCAAUGUGAGCUUUUGGAGAUGAUCAUCAACUAUUUGAUAAUUCCAAUGUAAACCAUGCAUGUACUGUAUGCACAUAUCUCAAUUUAAAUGAUAAAUGAAAUAUAUUCGAUGCUACUCUUUUAUAGAAUAUAACUAUUAAGUUAUGU